AUGUUGCAAGGCCGGCGGCUGGUCGGAGCGACUACGCAGUCGGAAUGGGCUGAGCUGGCCGAGUUGGCUGACUUGGCUGGAUUGGUGGCGGCCGGUGCUGGAAGGGCGGGAGAUCUGGCGUGCCAGGCCAACUUAAGCAGGGGCGCAGGUGGUGGCGGCUCUGUACCGGCUUUUAUCAGGCCCUUGCGCCAGUUGACUCAUCCUCGUGGAACGUUCUACCCCUCUGGCGCCGUAGCCCCACGACCCCUCGAGAACGUUCCUUCCGGCUCUGUCUGCUGCACCGGUCCAGGAGCUCUGAGCAAACCCACCACGACCGCUUGGAAAAAAUUCACCACCACAACUCGCGGCUUCAUAAACGGCCACGCCACCAAGCAGCAGCACAACUCUCGGAUUGCCGUCUCGCCCGCCCUCUGCGCUGCUCUGACAUUUCGACGCUACCCCGCCCUCUUUGCUCGCCCGUCUUCUACCAUGGCCGAGUCGCCAAAAUGGACCGGCCUCAAGGUCCGCCAGACCUUUCUCGAAUACUUUGAGAAGAAGGGCCACACCAUCGUGCCGUCUUCGUCUGUCGUGCCGCACAAUGACCCGACUCUCCUCUUCACCAACGCUGGCAUGAACCAGUUCAAGCCAAUUUUCCUCGGCACCGUGGCCAAGGCCGACCCUCUGUCCAGCUUGAAGCGUGCUGUCGACACCCAGAAGUGCAUCCGUGCUGGCGGCAAGCACAACGAUCUCGACGAUGUCGGCAAGGACAGCUACCACCACACCUUCUUUGAGAUGCUGGGCAACUGGUCUUUUGGCGACUACUUCAAGAAGGAGGCCAUCGAGAUGUCAUGGGACCUGCUCACAAACGUCUACGGCCUCGACCCCGCCCGGCUCUACGUCACAUACUUUGAGGGCAACCCGGCCAUGGGACUCGAGCCCGACCUGGAGGCCAAGAACCUGUGGUUGUCUGUCGGCGUGCCUGAGGACCACAUCCUGCCUGGUAACAUGAAGGACAACUUCUGGGAGAUGGGCGACCAGGGCCCCUGUGGCCCGUGCAGCGAGGUGCACUACGACAAGGUUGGCGGCGGCCGCAAUGCCUCCAGCCUGGUCAACCAGGACGACCCGCUCGUUGUCGAGGUCUGGAACAAUGUGUUCAUUCAGUUUGACCGCCAGCAGGACAAGUCGCUCAAGUCACUGCCUGCCAAGCAUGUCGACACCGGCAUGGGCUUUGAGCGGCUCGUGUCCGCCCUGCAGGACAAGAUCUCCAACUACGCCACCGACAUCUUCACCCCCCUCUUCGAUCGCAUCCAGGAGGUCACCGGUGCCCGCCCGUACACGGACAAGUACGGCAAGGACGACGUGGACGGCAUUGACACGGCGUACCGUGUUGUGGCCGACCACAUCCGUCUGUUGACCUUUUCGAUGGCGGACGGCGCCGUGCCCAACAACGACGGCCGUGGCUACGUCGUUCGCCGCGUGCUGCGGAGAGGUGUCCGCUAUGCGCGCAAGUACUUUGGCGCUGAGAUCGGCUCCUUCUUCUCCCAGAUCCUGCCCGCGCUCGUCGACCAGAUGGGCCACCAGUUCCCCGAGAUUGCCAAGAAGCAGAAGGACAUCAAGGAGAUCCUGGACGAGGAGGAAGAGGCGUUUUCGCGGACUCUGGACCGCGGCGAGAGGCAGUUUGAAAAGUACGCUGCGGCAACGGCCAAGAGCGGCGCCAAGACGCUGUCGGGAGCCGAUGUGUGGCGGCUCUACGACACGUUUGGCUUCCCCGAGGAUCUGACGCAGCUGAUGGCUGAGGAGCGGGGUCUGUCAAUUGAUGCCGAAGAGGUGGCCGUGGCACGGGAGAGGGCGAGAGAGGCCAGCAAGUCGGUCAAGGAGGCGGUGCAGACGUUUGCCAAGCUCAACGUGCACCAGAUCGCGGAGUUGGAGAACGAGCACAAGAUCGUGCGGCCGAGCUCGGAGGCCAAGUACCUCCGCGGCGACCUGCACAGCCGGGUGGAGCUGAUCUACACGGGCACGGGCUUUGUCAAGACGACCAAGGACAUCCCGGCCAACACGCCGCUGGGCAUUCUCGUGGACAAGACCAACUUCUACGCCGAAUCGGGUGGCCAGGUGGCGGACACGGGCAGAAUCGUGAUUGACGACGUGGCAGAGUUCAAGGUGCUGGACGUGCAGGAGUACGGCGGCUAUGUUGUGCACAACGGAUACCUCGAGUACGGUGAGCUGAGCUCGGGCGACAACGUGAUCUGCGAGUACGAGGAGCUGCGGCGGGCGCCGAUUCGCAACAACCACACGGGCACGCACGUUCUGAACCAUGCGCUGCGCGAGGUGCUCGGCGACGACGUGAACCAGAAGGGCUCGCUGGUGGACCAGGACAAGCUGCGGUUCGACUUCUCGCAUAAGUCGGCGGUGAGCCUGGCGGAGAUCAAGAAGAUCGAGGAGCUAGCGAACGCGAACAUCCAGCGCAACCUCAAGGUGUUCUACAAGGACGUGGACCUGGCCAGCGCGCGCGAGAUCGAGGGCGUGCGGGCGGUGUUUGGCGAGACGUAUCCGGACCCGGUGCGGGUGGUGUCAGUAGGUGUGGACGUGGACGAGCUGCUGCGGACGCCAAAAAAGGCGGAGUGGCGCGGCUACAGCGUGGAGUUCUGUGGCGGGACGCACGUGGAGCAGACGGGUCUGAUCAAGGACGUGGUGGUGGUGGAGGAGAGCGGAAUCGCCAAGGGCAUCCGGCGGAUUGUGGCAUACACGGGCGAUGCGGCACACCGGGUACAGCGCGAGGCGACACAAUUCCAGGAGCGGAUCGAGGCGAUUGAGAAGCUGCCGUUUGGGCCGGAGAAGGAGACGGAGAUCAAAGCGGCACAGCACGACCUCAACCAGCUGGCCAUUUCGGCGCUGGCCAAGGAGGAGCUGCGGACGCGGUUCGCCAAGGUGCAGAAGGACGUACUGGACGAGCUGAAGAAGCGGCAAAAAGCCGAGCUGAAGGCGGCUGUCGGCGCGGUGACGGACCACUUUGCGAAGCCAGACAACAAGGAAUCCAAGGUGUUUGUGGGCCACCUGCCGAUCUCAGCCAACGCCAAGGCCAUUUCCGAGGUGAUGAACCACUUCAAGACGAAGGACAAGGAGCGGUCCGUGUAUGUGUUUGGCGGCAGCCCGUCGGAGGGCGUCGUGCACGGCGUAUAUGUGGGAACUCAUCUCGCAUCCAAGGGCGUCACGGCGGAGCAGUGGUCGACUGCUGUCAGCGACGUGGUGGGUGGCAAGGCGGGCGGCAAGGAGCCGACUCGGCAAGGCUCGGGAACAAAGCCAGAGAAGCUCGAGGACGGCGUGAAGCGGGCAGAGGAGUGGCUGGCCGAGAAGCUGAAGGGGUUGGAACUGUAA